AAUGACGACGAAGCCGGCUGUAAACUUCUUGAUUCUUUUGCCAUUUUCAUACAGUUAUGCUUAGCAGCAGCUGCAUUCUCGACGCUUAUUUUCAAGCGACAUAAAGAACACCCUCGGCGGCCUGUGCGCAUUUGGGGAUUCGACGUUAGUAAGCAGCUCGUCGGCGGUAUCGUCAUUCAUUCUUUAAACGUAGUUGCGUCUUAUAUUUCAGGCGGUAAUCCGGAGGGAAAUCAAUCGAAUCCUUGUGUCUGGUAUUUUUUGAAUAUAUUUGUCGAUACGACAAUCGGCAUAGGAAUCUUGUGGGGCAUACAUGCUGGAUUCCAAUACAUUCUGAUCCAUAAGCUUGGACUGUCUGGGUUUCAGACGGGCGUAUAUGGUGAUCCUCCGCUUCAGAAACAACUGAAGCGUUGGGUCAAACAACUGGCUGUCUACAUUGCAAGCCUGAUUCUCAUGAAACUCUGCGUGAUUCUUAUCUUCGAUCUUAUCCCACAACUAUCUGAUUUCGGUCGCUGGGUCUUGCAGUGGACCAUGGGCGAUUACAAGCUGCAAGUUGUAUUUGUUAUGCUCAUAUUCCCGCUGGUUAUGAAUAUCAUCCAGUUCUGGAUCAUUGACACAAUCGUCAAG